UAAAUACAAAAUCAAAUCAAGCAAAGUAUUGCUAUCAUACGAAAAUUCGAAUUUGCUAUGUAGUAUAAAAUUUAAUUAAAUUUCGACUAUAACUUUAUUCAGUUUUUUGUUACCUAUGUGGGAAUUCAAUGAUUAAUCGAUGAGUGCUCUAUUGUAUUCGACUUUAAACUUUGAUAAUCGGUAACAAAAAAUUCAUCUAUAUAGUCACCUCACCUCAGUUUCAUUUACAUUGAUUACUUCAACAAACUAGACUUAAUAAUUGAGUAUUUAUAUAUAUUCGAAAUGCAGGAAGGUUUUGUUAAAAUAAAUAAUAUUCCUACAAAAAUUAUAACUUUUGGAAGAUGGAUAACAGAGAAAUCAAAUGGAAAGGGUGAAAAAAUUAUAUUAGUUGUACCAGGUAAUCCUGGAAUACCUGAAUUUUACAAAGAGUUUAUGGAAAUUUUACAUAAAAAGCAUAAAUGUGCUGUAUGGGCAAUAGGUUACAGUGGACAUGAGGAUUACAGACAAAAAAAUAUAAAUACAAAGUUCCCCAAACCCAUUGGACUAAGGGAACAAAUAAAUCAAAAAGUUUUGUUCUUAAAAGAAUAUGUUCCUGAAGAUGCAGAGCUUCAUAUAAUAGGACACUCGAUAGGAACUUACAUGACUUUGGAAUUAUUGAAGGAGCCUAGUAUUGAAAAGAGAAUAUUCAAAACAUAUUUAUUAUUUCCUACAUUUGAAAGAAUGAUAGAUACUCCAAAUGGCAAGUUCCUUCAUAGAUUUGUGAGACCUAUUCUUCCAAUUAUACUUUUUCUAUCUUGGCUCUUCUCAAUUUUGCCAAGGAUGAUUUCACUUAACUUAUUGAGUGCCUACAUGUUUUUGAGGGGUAUGCCCUCGUCAUAUAGGGAAACAAUAUAUAAUUUAAUCAAUCGAAACAUUCUGGAACAAGUCUUUUUCCUUGCCUUUCAAGAAUUGGAGCAAGUAAGGGAAAGAGAUAAUGAGAAUAUUAAAAACAAUGUUCAUAGGGUACAUAUAUUAUAUAGUGAAGUAGAUAAAUGGGCACUUGGUGAUUUUUACACUAAUAUUAAGAAUGAUUUUCCUAAUAUAAUUGCUAGAACUUCUAGAUAUGAUCAUGCUUUCAUUUUUAAUGAAAACCAGGAAGUUGCAGAUAUAGUUAGUAAGUGGAUUGGUGAUAAUAAGAGUGACUAAUCAAAUUUUAGGUAUAAUAUAAUAAAUUGAAAUAUUCAACAGAGAUCAAAUUAAAUUAGUGAAAUUGAUGCAA